AUGAAUGAGAAAUAUCAGAGCGAUAAAGUAACGAUGUGUUCAGUUGAGUAUCUGAGAGAGUUGAUCAGCGACAGACUAGCUGCUGCUGCUGGAGAAAUAUUCACAGAGUUUGAAAAAAACAUCGUCCAGUACCAGGAGGAGAUCGAUCGUCAGCGCAGACUGCUGGAUGUCAUCUGGAAACCACACAUCCCCUUACAGCUCAUAGAGCUCCCACAGUCUUAUGUCUGUGAGAAUGAGAAGACUGUUGUUGACCAUCAGCCCCAUGACCAGGAGAGAAACUCCAUGGUGGACCAUGAGGACCCAGAGCCUCUACGGAUUAAAGACCAGCAGGAGGAACUCUGCACCAGUCUGGACCAAUCAAACCCCGAGAUUUCUCAAAUUAAAAUGGAACAGGAAGAAUUGUGCACCAGUCUGGACCAAUUAAACCCAGGAUUACCACAAAUUAAAAUGGAACAGGAAGAAUUGUGCACCAGUCUGGACCAAUUAAACCCAGAGUUUUCUCAAAUUAAAAUGGAACAGGAAGAAUUUUGCACCAGUCUGGACCAAUUAAACCCAGAGUUUUCUCAAAUUAAAAUGGAACAGGAAGAAUUGUGCACCAGUCUGGACCAAUUAAACCCAGGAUUACCACAAAUUAAAGUGGAACAGGAAGAAUUGUGCACCAGUCUGGACCAAUCAAACCCAGAGAUUUCUGAAAUUAAAAUGAAACGGGAAGAAUCAUGCACCAGUCUGGACCAAUCAAACCCAGAGAUUUCUCAAAUUAAAAUGGAACAGGGAGAAUUGUGCACCAGUCUGGACCAAUUAAACCCAGGGUUACCACAAAUUGAAGUGGAACAGGAAGAAUUGUGCACCAGUCUGGACCAAUCAAACCCAGGGUUACCACAAAUUGAAGUGGAACAGGAAGAAUUGUGCACCAGUCUGGACCAAUCAAACCCAGGGUUACCACAAAUUGAAGUGGAACAGGAUGAACUCUGCUCCAUUCAGGAGGAAGAGUUAAUUGGAUUGAAACAGGAGACUGAUACCUUUGAGGUGACUCCUGCUGAUGAGGAAAGUGACCACAGUGAACCAAAACCAAACAGUGAUCAGCUCCUGUUUCACAUCUCUUGUGCAGCUGAGAGCCCAGAUCAGGAAGGAAGCAAGGAUGUAGACUCAGGAUCAACUAGAUGUAUGGAGCAGAAACCGAGACAUCAGAGUAACAGCAGUCACAGUAAUGAUGUAGACAAUGCUCCAACGUCAGAGAGACAGUGUGAUAAUGACAAGGCAAGAAAAUCUUUACCAUGCGAUGUCUGUGGAAAAUCUUUUAGGUAUAAAUCAGUUUUAAUCAAACAUCACAGAACCCACACAGGUGAGAAGCCGUAUUCUUGUGAAACCUGUGGAAAAACCUUCAUUCAACGUUCCCAUUUGACUGCCCACAUGAGACAUCACACAGGUGAGAAGCCAUAUUCUUGUGGAACCUGUGGAAAAAGCUUUAGUCGACGGUCCCAUUUGACUAAACACAUGAGACUUCACACAGGUGAGAAGCCAUAUUCUUGUGGAACCUGUGGAAAAAGCUUCAGUCAACGGACCAAUUUGACUGUCCACAUGAGACGUCACACAGGUGAGAAGCCAUAUUCUUGUGGAACGUGUGGAAAAAGCUUUAGUCGACGGACCUCUUUGACUAAACACAUGAGACCUCACACAGGUGAGAAGCCAUAUUCUUGUGGAACCUGUGGAAAAAGCUUCAGUCAACGAACCUAUUUGACUAAACACAUGAGACUUCACACAGGUGAGAAGCCAUAUUCUUGUGGAACCUGUGGAAAAAGCUUCAUUCUACGUUCCCAUUUGACUGUCCACAUGAGACUUCACACAGGUGAGAAGCCAUAUUCUUGUGGAACCUGUGGAAAAAGCUUCAGUCAACGGGGCUCUUUGACUGUCCACAUGAGACGUCACACAGGUGAGAUGCCGUAUUCUUGUGGAACCUGUGGAAAAAGCUUUAGUCUACAGAACCAUUUGACUGUCCACAUGAGACAUCACACAGGUGAGAAACCGUAUGUUUGUAACACUUGUAGAAAAAGUUUUUCUGAUUCAUCAGCACAUUAUAGGCACAUGGCAGUUCACGAAAUGGAAAAGCCAUAUUCUUGUGGAACCUGUGGAAAAAGCUUUAGUCGACGGGAGCGUUUAACUGCCCACAUGAGAUGUCACACAGGUGAGAAGCCAUAUUCUUGUGGCACGUGUGGAAAAAGCUUCAGUCAACCGAGCUCUUUGACUGAACACAUGAGAUGUCACACAGGUGAGAAGCCAUAUUCUUGUGGAACCUGUGGAAAAAGCUUCAGUCAACGGGGCUCUUUGACUGAACACAUGAGACGUCACACAGGUGAGAAGCCAUAUUCUUGUGGAACCUGUGGAAAAGGCUUCAGUCAACGGGCCCAUUUGACUGUCCACAUGAGACUUCACACAGGUGAGAAGCCAUAUUCUUGUGGAACCUGUGGAAAAGGCUUCAGUCAACGGGCCCAUUUGACUGCCCACAUGAGACUUCACACAGGUGAGAAACCGUAUGUUUGUAACACUUGUAGAAAAAGUUUUUCUGAUUCAUCAGCACAUUAUAGGCACAUGGCAGUUCACAAAAUGGAAAAGCCAUAUUCUUGUGGAACCUGUGGAAAAAGCUUUAGUCAACGGACCUAUUUGACUGCCCACAUGAGAUGUCACACAGGUGAGAAGCCGUAUUCUUGUGGAACAUGUGGAAAAAGCUUCAGUCAACGGGGCUCUUUGACUUACCACAUGAGAUGUCACACAGGUGAGAAGUCGUGAUCCUGAAACAUCUGUUGUUGUGAAGCAUGGCGAUAUGAGAGCCCAGAAUCAGCCACAAAGGGGAGACUCUGACAGAACAACAGCUAAAUAAGGGAACAUUGUGAUAUUAUAACCUGUGAUUUAUGAUCAAAUUAUGCCAUAACCUAAUGAAUGUGUUUGAUCUAACCAAGUGUCUAUUCUUACAUUCUUUAAUGUUGAAACUGUAGAAAUCAGAAGAGCAGCUCACUGUGAAAAGUGAUGUUCUUGGUUACCAUAGGAAACUGAUGUGUUUGAUAGAUUUGACUAAAAAGAGGAACUUGUGCUUUAUGAAAUGGGAAUGCUUUUAAGAGUUUUGAUUACUAUGAAACUGAGAUGUUUUAGAAAGAGUUUUGAUAACUGUUAAAAUAAGAGGUUUUAACUUUGCAAUGAUGUGAGAAGUCAUGAGUUAAGUGAACUAGGGUCAAGUGUUCACUGUAAAGAUUAAACUCAAAAUAGACUGGGUUUUUUUAAUAAGUCUGUACACAUUGUCCAAAAGAUUGCACAAUGGGAUGCCAGCAACGGUUAGAGGCUGACAUCUGCUUUUCCAUUUCCUGAUCAGGAGCCUGUGCUGAGCUGCAGACAGGAGAGAUCGGGGGGGCAAGAUGGGCUGUCUGGACAGUCCAAAACAGACAGUUUCAGUUCCUUAAAGGUUGUUGCUAGAGAUACGGACCCGUACUCGUAGCCUGUGGACUACGGAUACGGCACUUGCCAUUUGCCAAUCAGAUAUAUGAGAUCUGGUCACGUGACUCCCGGUAGACGCUAGCGGUACGGACCCGUAGCAUCGGUACUACAGGUACGGACCCUAAACCUGACCCUAACACUAACCCUAACCUUAACCUUUGCUUACCUUUCGACAGUUUGCAGUGGUUAGCAGCUUCUUGACUUGCGAGACUCGCGUACGGGUCCGUAUCUGUCUGGCAAAUGGAAAGUGCCGUAUCCGUAGCCCACAGGCUACGGGUACGGGUCUGUAUCUGUAGACACUACCUUCCUUAAAAGUGGAGGUGUCCAUGCAGUCAGUGUAUGGGACAAGUGUGCGAGUUGGGAGGGGGUAGAGAUGAAGUUAUUGCUCAACUUAAUUUAGUAUGAGAUCAUUGCUAUGUCAAUUAAGGGUGAAGUCAUUGCAUAUGCAUAAGGUUCAGUAAACUAUAAAUUACAUCUGAUCGAGACGCAAGUUGGGAGUCGUUGGGUGAUAGUCGCUUGAUGCAAACCAGGGUAGAAAUGCCCUGAGCUAAGGGGAUUUUACCACGUACCUCGGACGGGGAAUUCAACAUGAUCUGCAAAGGAAUAACUGUUCUGAUGGAGUUAUGGAUUAAAGGAACUGCUCUUUCUGCAUUGAGGAUUACAGAACUGUGAUCUGGAUAUAACACUGUCUGAAGGAACAUUACUGAACUCUAUUUUCCAUGUGAGGAAUAACAUCUGAAUGGAUUACAAAGUUUAUUGGCCCAAACAACAAAAAUGGAUACAUGCAGAUCUAAAUCUGGUCCAGACCCCCGUCCACUUCCCGCUGGGCCCCGGCGGGUCUCAAACACUUGUCGGGUCUCAGGUGAGCAGUCAGGGUGUGGCCACACCCUGACUGCUCUCCCUCCAAAUUACAUAUUUUGGGUGAUUAUUGCUCUUCUUUUAGGAAAGCAUAGUUCCACUUAUGAGUCGUGUUAAACAAUUGAAAGAAUAUUGAUGUUUGAUUAUUUGUCUGAUGAUUUAUUGGCUAUGCUUUUGCCCUGCUAAAAUAUAUUUUAAUAAAGGAUUAUUCUGCAAUUAAAGACAACAAAUUGCAAGUGCUAUUUUUAUCCCUGAAUGAAUACUUAUACAUCUAGCUCUGGAUGUAAAAAGUCAGAUUACUGCGUGCAUAACAAUAGCAAAGGUUCUGAAAGGUUACCUAAUUAUAGGGGCCAGGUUGGCCCUGUAUAAACAUAUCCUAGAGGUUGUCUAUAUGUCCAUAAUCUCUGAAUUAAACCUCGCAAUUUACCAAGUGCAAGAUCCAGAGAGGAAAAGCUGCCGUUAACAGGCGUGACUGGUGAUUAAAUUUAACUAUACCGAAGUGGCUACUCGGUUAAAUUAAUUAUCAGAGGAAGCAGGGAUAGGCGUCUGGAUGAAGGCAGUGAGAAGCUAGGCGAAUUUUCCUCGUCUACCAGCUUAACAGUUCUGCAGCAUCCCUCUGAGUAAGAUCUCAGGGGGCAGUAGAACCUGACCCGUAGGAUGGAGAGCUGGUCCGGUCAUUCCCCUAUAGCUGAAUAAGUUAAUUAGGGGGUUACUGGCCCUGAGGAUCAACACCGGUCAAGUCAGUCUUAUGUAGCGAUUCAUCAGCCGUGUUGACAUCAAUAAAGAAGCAAACUCUAGAUCCAGACUCAGUUUUCUAUUAGAAAUAUUUCAAACACUGUUUCAAAUCCACAGAGCAGGGUGUGAGGUGGUUUUAUUUGGGUUCCAGCACAUGUGGGUGUGGAGGGUAAUGAGGAAGCAGAUAGCUUAGCACAAAGAGCAACCAAGGAGGAAAGAGUAGAAUUUGAUUUAGUGUAACAGGGUCGAUUAUACAUUAAUAUAUGUGUGUGCAUAUGGAAUACAGUAUAUUGUACUUUAGUUAUUGUGAUAAUUACACAAAAUCUGUGUCUGUGGAUUUGUUUUUGUUUCAGUUAAUGCCUGACUAGUUGAGCCUCCCUGUCAGUAAGUGGAACUUUGGUUCGGUUUGUAUUACUACAGCCACAUUCUAUGUAACACUGCCUCUAUAAGUGGCGUUUUCGCGCCGAUUUUCUCCCCUUUUGUCAUGAAUCUCUGUGGGAGAGGUAAGCAGUUUUGCUGUCCGGUGAAAUUCCUGUUCUAGCAAGCUAAAACUUGUCACAAGAUGCUUACUUUGUUAUCAUUUGAUCUGUGUAGGGGCAUGUGUUGUGGCGAUCACUGACAGGAGGAUUUUCUGUUAAUAUUUUCAUGUCAGGAUCCGGAAAAUAAAUGGAGACUGCCUCCAAAAAGA